AUGGCCUCCGCCGACGCCGACGGGGGCACCUGCCCGUGGGACGCCCUCCCGUCGCACCUCCAGGAGCGCAUCCUCUCCCUCCUCCCCAUCACCGAACUACUUCCCGUCGCCGCCGUGUCCCGCGCGCUCCGCCGCCUCCUGCGCUCCCCGGCGUUCCACGCCCUCCUCUCCCCGCACCGCCUCGACGCCUUCUUCCUCCUUUUCCCACGGCUCGCCGUCCACCCGCUGUCCCGCCGCGUCCUCACUUUGCCCGCGCUCGCCGCGCUCUCUCCCCCUUCCUACCCGCUCGUCUCCUCCCCGUCCCCAUCACUCCUUAUCACCUGCGCCUCACUCCAGUUCCUCCUGCCGAUCCCCUACGGAGCCUACCUCCUCUCCGUUAUCGUCCCGUCGCGCCGCUCCUCCCCUUCCUGCACCCUCGUUGCCGUCACCACCGGCGCUGCCGUGCGUUCUUACACCCUGGACACCGGCGAUCCCUCCCCGCGGUGGGCGUCUAGAGGCGAUCUCCUGCUUUCCCUCACGAUCCUGGGAAACGCCGCGGUCGCCGGUGACCGCGGCAAGCUCUUCGUCCUCGGCCGUGGCCCCGACGCGCUCUUGGUUUUUGAUCUCGUGACGGGGACAUGGGAGGUGCCGCCUGUUGUGAUGCCACAAGGUCUCACUACGGCGCACCUGUUUGUUUUUGAUGGGAGCCUGUUCUUAGUAGGUGGGAUUGAGAGCUUUGGAGAAGUGGAGCGGGUGGUGGUCUGGCGGUUGGACGACGAUAAGGAGGAGGAGGUGUGGUGGAGGGAGGUGAGCGUGAUGCCGACGGAGGUUUUUGAUGAGCUGCUGGCUGGUAGGUUUGGCAGUUUCUGGCAUUUUCAGGCUGCGGACAGAUUGGGGAUUGUUUGCUUGUAUAAUGCCGUGGAUGGGAGGCUGGUCAUGUUUGAUGCGGCUGAUGGCGCGUGGACAGUGCUGCCACGAUUGUCUGGGUUGGAUGCAGACGAGAGCCUCAGGUGGUUUGGACAUGUCUUGGAGCCAGGAGUUGAAAUCUUGAUGGGACUACGUUGGUGA